CUCUCCUAAUUUAAGGGAGAGCCCAGUCGUCUGCGUCAUUUCCAAGCACGUAAUCUACUUUUAACGUCGAUACAUCACAUCGAAGGCUCCGCAAUCUCUUUGAGAGGCCUUCCUUGACAAACGACGAUCGUAUCGCCCACUCUGUUACGUGAAACAUGAUUUGGUGAAGUUCAAAUUGAAAAAGUUACUCUGUUAAGUGCGUUACAGUGAUAGCCGAUAGACUCAAAAGCCACGAGAUGGAAUCGCUUUUGCUGAAAAUAGAGGUGUUAAGCUUGUUGAUGCUAGCCGGAAGAUUUAAAUUUGCCGAACUCGAGCAAUUCUGCUUUCCUGAAAAUAUGCAUAGAUCAAACUGCGAGUCCGGUCCCGACGGCCCAGCGUAUGUCUGGGUACCACAGGGCGAACUGAUCCCAUGUUCGCCCGUCUGUCAACUGAAAUACCGUUUCACAAGUGAGAAAUAUCUUUCAGCUAGACGAAUCUACGAGGUCUGCAAGUAUCACCCGGAGAAAAGAAUCUUCUACCACGCCAUCGCAAAUCGAGACAGGUGCGCAUGUCGCGAUUGGGCCGCUUAUGAGAGAAAAGAAGAUCGUUGGAUCAACCAUUAUAACGUGACAUGGUUUUGCAACCCACAAUGGGAUAUUAAACGUACUGAAUUCGUAGGAGUCUACAUGGUCGACUGUGAUCGGCAGGACCAUAUGGCUGGCAUCUGUGAACAGGAGUGCACAAAUGAGACGAAAUGGCCACCGAAGCUGGACAAUAUCCUUGAACAUACUUUUAUCAGACCAAAAUGCCAGCCCACAUUGACUUAAAAUCUGAUCGCCUUGCUUUCUCUACAACAAACAUAGCAGAAAAAAAAAAUCGUCCAUAUAGAACAGUUUAUGAUCACUCUUUUUCUCUCUCCCUAAUGCAAUUCAUUAAUUACAAUAAACACCUACAUAUUAUUAACGUUACCAUCGAAAUUCACGAGGUUUAAGGAUUGUUUGUUUUUCUUCACCCUGUUAUGUGAUCCUAUCAACAAACUACAAAUACAUAUAUGAUCUAUAGUGUCACAUAGAGAAAGAACUGAGGCUUAGCUGAGAUAGUUCCACGAACUGACGACUCGGCUAGAAUCACUACAACAUAUUAUUUAAUUUAAGACAGAAAAGAGGCGUAGGCUUGCCUCUUACGAUGCCCUUCUUAAACAUCGAACACAUCAGUAAAGCUAACAUCAAAUACAGUUACCUAAAUCUGUGCGUUAGGAACGAAGUUCAAAGAGUCAAUAGAUUGAUAAAUCCGACCCAGAGGCUAAAUAUAAAUAACAAUAAUUAGUAACUACAUGUCAACACCAAUAAGGCUGAAUAGAUGCUACAUCACUGCGCGCCGCAAGGGAACCUCGAAUCUUUGAAGAAUUAAGCUUGUCAGUUCAGGUGGCUCAACUCACAUCGUCAUGGCUAAACAACUUUUAUUUUAGUUCAUUACGGUGUGUAUAUAUAUAUAAGUUCGUAAUGACUUUUUCUUAUAUUCAAACCUUUGCGAACAGUUCUAGAUAACGCACACACUCAUCAUUUGGACAGCAUAGAACGAAUUUCUACUGCUAGUUCCGUUGAGCUGAUUCCCGUGGCCAAUAUUGUUACAUGCUUAUAGAAGCUUAGAACUAAUCCCGUCACGAGUCAUGCAGACACCCAUCCUUCCUGAACGCUGCUGUCACGUCCGCGUUGACAGGAUGGACCCAAGAACCUCCUGGUUCGGCAGUGGCUCAUUGUUCUGAGAAAUCCCGCACUGACUAGCUCUCCCAGCCGUUAUUACUGUCACUGGAAUAGGAAACGCUAAAAGUCACUCGAACAAACUAUAAUGCUGCACUUUGUGGGCUAAGCACAGGAUACGUUAUAGUUAGAUUGUAUAAUUGGUAUAUUUUUAUUAGACGAUAUAUUAUUCGUCUAGUUGGUACCCGAAACGUAUAACGGCGACUCGCAUAGCCAAAUAAGCGUGAAAGACAAUAACGGAGCUUAUAUAUAUAUCGUUAGGCAUUACUGCAUAAAAAAAAAAAACAAUUUAUGUUGGUUACUUCUGUUUUCUAUUUUUUGUUUAGUCAUAAUCAAGCCUUUGUGGUAAACAUUGCCAGACUUUAGUUCAGAUAACGAAGUUUUCGAUCGAGCUUCAACGGUGGAUAUAGCACGCUAAAAAAAAGCUCAACCAAAAAACUAUUUGGAUUCUAUGUCGAUGCCCACAGGCUGCAGAGGUAGCCCAGUAAUUAGCUCUCUAUAAUUAAGAGCUCUCCUAAUCGAUUGUUAUCGUUUCCUCCAGAACGAGCUACAUAUUGCAACAAAGAUGAAUAUGCCAGCAAUAAACCUGCCUAAUUUUACAUACCUUUUUUUAUGUCAAAUAGCUUCGUAAAGAACGUAGGAUCUUUGUCACGGACGAUGAGGAUUUUAUGUGUAGCUAGGAAAUGUAGGUUUACUUACCUGACAAUCGUGGUCUCUGCUCAAAAGUGCCUUAGCGCGGGCUUCGACGAUCUUAAAGGGCGUAGCGGAGUGCGUUUUUAGAUCAAAAAAGCCAUUUUUGAACAACAUUGCGACAGGCCACUUUUAAAUAUUAAUCUCGGCUAUAAAGCCUUCAUAAAGGGCAUCAUAUCCUUCGCAAAUAUGUCGGUAUCUCUUUGAUCAAGAUGUGUUCAAGACGCUGUAUUGUUAUUUAGUAUCGUCAUAUCAGUACCUCAAAAUAUAUGCAACCUGAGGUAAUAUCCUAUGACCCGAAUCGGAUGAUCAUAGAUGAGAAAUAGGUUUUUUCAACGAUAUAUAAGGGUCGGUCAUUAGCAGACGAAUGCAUUUUUUUUUUUAAGUGAGAGACAUGGUAGUGACGAGAAGAUGUUUUGAGAGUCGAAGACUGUCGAUUUGUACAUUGCAAACCUAUGUAGAGCAACAAAAACGGUAAAUACUGCUAUGCAUAUAAGAUAUUUACAGAUGAUAGCUGGCAUGACGAUAAAGAAUAACAUUAAAAGUUACAUUUGGUGUUAGCUUCAUAUAGUAAAUGUGGAGCUUCUUCUACCUUUACUCACGAUGCUAUGGCAUAUCCUGGUGACGUGAUAGCGUGACCUCCAUGGUCUUUCUGAGGUCUCCUCUGUAAACGGCCUUUCGAGCGUAAUAAUCACGUUACUCCAUUCAAGCGACUUCAUUUGAACUAUUAUCUAAUUUAGAGGUGUAAUUUCGUCAAUAGAUAUUUGCCUUGUCAGUGAUCGAGCGUCUAAACGGAAAUAUAGAUGGGCAUUUACAUGAAUACA